AUGACGGAACUGAUGCAAUCUAUGGCAACAGAUCUGAAGCCAAGAAAUCGCGAUUAUAAUACAUUGCCAACAUUCGCCAAGCGACGAUUCAACAAGGAGUAUCAUAUGGGGACAAAUCAAGCAUCAGAUAGUGAAGAUCACGUACUCUUAUUAGACUCACCUGAAAAACCCUCAAGGAAAGGAACGUUACCACAAUUUGUGCCAGAAGAUCGCAGUUAUGCAGAUAGCCUACUAGAAAGUGCAAUUAAUGAGGCUAGACAACGUUCAUUUUUGAAGGAGAAGCCCCGAAAAGUUUCUUCGUCCGGAAAAACCUUGUUUUCGAACCGUAUAAACGGAAUGUUUAGGUCGUUUACAAGUUCAAUUGAUAACACUGAAGCGGACAUCAAGAACCAACUUUCACAUAAAAUACGUGUUUUCAGUGGUAAAAAGGAUGCAGAUAUAGGGCCACAAUCAUCAGUGGGUGAUUCGGAUGCUGCAUUUGUGAGUUUUGUGAAGCUUUUAUGUAUGGCGUUGCUUUGCUUGGGCAAAAAACUCUAUGCAUGGGGAAUUUUCUUCCUUAUAAGGGCUACAACAUGGCUUCUAUCAUUAAUAAAUAAAGUUCCAACACCUAGCACAAAUUCAGAGAGGGUGAGUGCCUGUAAAACGGAUCCAAAACCUCCAGAAACUAUACAGAAUGCCAAGAAUGAUACAGAUUUAUCAGUAUCCGAUCUAUGUCAGAGCACUCCAGUUAAGAAGCAGAAAAACUUGCCAAAAGUGAAACUCAAUGAUCGAAAAACUAGCAAUAUAACUGCAUUUGCAAAUGCUAUAAGUGGGCAAGAUCCGUUUAUGAUAAGUCCUUCCAAAGAUCAUAAAGACUACGGCACAUUCUUUUACCAUAAUGAAUCUCCUGCAUCAAGAAAUACCGGCAAAAAAGAAAACUCGUUAAAAAGCGUUACUGAAUCGUUAAACUUUAACGAUGAACAGUAUUUACCAAAGUCUAAUAUAUACCAGGAUAAGAAUGAUCGGCAAUUGAAACGAGCACAGGAAAUUAAAAACAACUUAUUGCAUUUCUAUAACAUGCCCGCAGACAAGAACUGGUCAACAAUUCAAACUCCAAGCUUCACAAGAAGUUCGGAGAGAUUGAAGGAUUUAGAGUGGAUAAAGGACGAUGAUGUUGAUUAUUUACACAAUUUGGAAUCGACUGAACUCUUUAAAGAAUAUAAGAAGAUCAUGGAGGAGCGGUUGAAUGUCCAGAGGAUUUCAAGAUUAAAAAAAUUAAAGGAGAAAGCAAAGGUUAAGCCAUUAAAUGAGGACCAGCUUUCCAUGGUCGAAAAUUGGUGGGAUGAUGCUUAUUCAAGCACGGCGAUAAUCAAUAAAUUCAAUAUAGGUAUCACCUAUAGGGAUAUGUUUACAUUGUCGGAUCGAAAAUGGUUAAACGACAAUGUAAUUGACUUCUACAUGUGCUUGAUUAACGAAAGAGCCAAAAAAGAUUCUUCGCUGCCGACAAUGCAUGUAUUUUCGACAUACUUCUUUACAACCCUAUAUAAGAGAGGCUAUCAAGGAGUUAGAAAGUGGGCAAAACGGGCAAAAGUGGAUGUAACGACAGUGGAUUACGUGUUUGUUCCAAUAAACAUUCAUUCAUCCCACUGGGCCUUGGGACUUGUUAACAAUAAAGAGCACGCAUUUCAGUAUUUUGAUUCUUUGUUUGGCACUGGUGGCGAUAUUUUAGAUAACUUGCAAAGCUACAUGAUUGAGGAAACAAAGAGAUUGUACGGAGAAUCUAUGAACGGAAUAGAUUAUUCAAGAUACGAAGUUAAUCCGGAGAUGCCAUGUCCAACACAGCAGAAUGGCUUUGACUGUGGCGUCUUUACAUGUACAAUGGCCGAAUACUUGUCUAGGAAUAUGCCUCUUCUAUUUUCGCAGGAAGAUAUGCCUUUAAUAAGACGGAGAAUGGCAUAUGAAAUAGGAACAGGAAAACUAUUGCAACAUUAA